AUGAAGAAGGACCCGUUCUCGCAUGAAUCCACGCACAGUUCUCAUCGCAAGUACACACAGGACAAGAUGAGCUCUUCUACCAACGAGAUCGCAAAGGUCGCCACCGACAUCGGCUCCAGCUCCUCUGGUGCCCUGCCCGACAUCAAUUCUCUCUCCAUCGGCGACGAUGGCUUGACCACCAACACUCCCUCGGCUACCGCCGCGGGUGAGACUUCAACUACCAAAACCUCCGUGCCAACCGAACCCGACAAUUCCAAUUUCCCUUCCAACCGUGCCGCCAUGGUUGCCAAAGCCCAGGCCGCGAAGAACAGCAAAACUUUCACCACCCCCUCCGCCUCCGCAAAGCUCUCCGCCCGCCUUAAGACAUCCAACUAUAAGCCCAUCCUGGCCGCGGGUAAGGGCUCUGCGUCUCGCCUCGCACAGAUGCAGAAAGAGGCCGCCGAGAAGAAGGCCAAAGAGGAGGAAGAGGCCAAGGCUCAAGAGCAGGAGAACAAGGCGAAGGCGUAUUCGUACAUGUUGAACUACGCCAACGAGCUACUGCAAAGCCUCCCCGAUGAGGCCAUUUCGGACCUCCCUGAUGACUUCUACAAGCUGGAGCUGAAGGUGAAAUUGAAGCUCCUUCUCGAACUACGUGCCAAAUAUGGAGAGCAGGGUCCUGGAGAAGCUAGCGGAACGACCGUUGGGGAGCUGGAGGAGACCGGCCCCGUUCCUGGAGAGCUUGAUGAACCCGAGGACCUCGAGGGGUUGGAGAGUUCUAAGGAGGACUCGAAGGAGCAUACAGAGUGCGUUUGUGACGAGUGUAAGGAGUCGCAGGGUGACAUGAGUGGAGGAGCUCGUGGCCUCGGCGAGACUGAGCCCCCCUCCAUCUAG